AUGGAGAUGAUUCUGGAAGAGGGGCUAGAGACAAGUCCCACAUUAAACAUUGUGGAGGGUGUGGAGGUGACCCCUGAUGUGAAUAGUCAAAAGGUGGAGGAAGGUAUUGUUGAUUUUUCAAUUAAUAAGUUGAAAAAGGUUGUGAAUGAGCUUGAAAAUCUGGAUGAGGAAGAUAUUCAAAUAGUAGAUAGAGUGGAUGCGGAAAAUGGAGAAGAUGUUCAACAAUUAUUGUUGUCUUCUGUUCAGGAGGUGGAGAAGGAUAACAUGGAGAAUGAAAUGGAAUUGGGAGAUAAAUCAAAUUCGGAGUCUGUCCGUUUACUGAAUAAAGAGUUUUCUUCUUCUCGUUCAAUUUCUUUUUUUGUGGAUAGACAGUAUGAUGUAAAGAGAUUAGAAAAUUGCCCAUUGAAUGAUAAUUUGGAUUUGGUAAAGUACAAGGAGCCUCCGGAUAAAGGAUUUUUGUUUGAUCAGGAAAGUUCCAAGUCUUGGGCUGAUAGAGUAGAGGAUAGUGAGGAUGCAGAUGAAGAUUAUGUGCCUUCUACGGGUAAUACCAAGCUUGGAUUAAGAUUUUUUGUGGAAAAUCCUGUGGCUGAGAAAAAUGUGUGGUUGUUGUGGAAUGGGGAUCUGGAUGUGAAGGUGGUUAAGGAGCAUGAACAGGCCAUAUCUGUGGUUGUGUCCUGUUUAGGUUCUGAUUUUUUUUUAUAA